GUUCACAGUGGACUUGUCAGCAACCUUUGACUUGUAAACAUGGCGCAACUUGUGAACCCAGAUCUGGUCAGAGAGAGAAGUCGGGCCAGUUUUGACGUAGAAAAGCUGACCAACGUGUUGUAUGGUGGUCCUGAUGGAGUAAAGCGAAAGAGGAGAAUCGAGUCUUUAGCGCUGAUGGACCCUGACUAUGCGCAUGAGGAUCUCAACUACCUGUCCAGAGAAGAACAGUAUGUCACCAUGUUGAAGAAGUCUCUUAUGGCAGCCAAGAAGGCCAAAGAGCUUGGACUAAUUGUCAAAGACAUGGAUGACUACAUGACGAGAUGUGGGUUGGACUACAGAGCCAUUGCAAUGAAUCUACAUUGCACAAUGUUCACCAUAACACUACAGCAGCAGGGAGACGAGAGGCAGAGGGCAAAGUGGUUAAAACUUGCGGAGAACUUUAGUAUCCUGGGGUCAUACCUACAGACGGAGAUGGGCCAUGGAACUUUUCUGAGAGGACUGGAGACCACAGCGACCUAUGACCCCAGCACGCAGGAGUUUGUCGUGCACUCCCCGACUCUCACCGCAACAAAAUGGUGGCCUGGUGGAUUGGGUUUGACUGUCACCCAUGGAGUGGUGAUGGCCCAGCUGUAUACCCAGGGCCAGUGUAUGGGACCUCACAUGUUCAUCAUGCAGCUUAGAAGUCUGGAAAACCACAAACCCUUACCAGGUAUCACUGUUGGGGACAUUGGUCCCAAAUAUGGCUGCAAUGACGGGGACAACGGCUUUGUCAGGUUUGACCAAGUGCGCAUCCCUCGUGACAACAUGCUCAUGAGGUUUGCACAGAUAAUCCCCGGUCAGGUGCGAUAA